AUGUGCAUGGAAGUAUGCCACCUAGUGGUGAAAUGGAGCAAUAAAAAUAAGCGCGAGAAAAUUAAGAAUUUAAUAAUAAGUAGCUUGUAUACUGAAUUUUUAUUCUUUUAUUACUUUUAUAUAAAACAAUACAUGGUUUUAAUUAUAUUGUAGAUAGAAUAUUAAUGUACAGUAGUUAUAUAAAUUAAGAUUGACAUUUUAGAAAUAAUCUUUUACUCUAUUGAUAUGGUAGAAAUAAAUGUCAGAUAUAUACAUCGAUACAGUUCGUCUAUAAAUUUGUAGAAUAUGUUAUAUACAGAUGCACGUGUUUAGUUUACAUUUGUCAUUGUAUCAAAAUUAUGUUUUUGGGCAAUUGUUGAUUUCAUUUUAUUUAACAUUUCAUUAUUCGUUGUUCGUGAUUUAGACAUUAAUUAUAGCAAUUAAACUUAAUCCUGCAAUACAUGAUAAAUCAAUUCUAAUUUUAGAUUUAAUUUGUAUUUGAUAUUUAUAAAUAAAAUUGUUAUUAAAUCAAUGUUAUUAAAUUCACGUAGAUUUUUUUCAAUGUAAUAUAUUUCUCGUUUUAUUAAUAAAUAGUUAUAUUUAUUAGUAGAUUUCAUGUUAAUGUAAAUUUUUCAGGGAAAAGUUAUGCUAAAAGUUUGUUUCACUCGUUUAAUUUAUACACGAAAUAUGAGUGUUUUUAUUCAAUGCUUGAAUCCUUUAACUGGAAUUACUAAUUGGGAGGAAAAAGACGAAAAUUAUGAUUAUCAUCAAGAAGUUGCUAGAUCAGCAUUUGCUGAUAUGUUACAUGAUCAUGAAAGAAAUCAAAAAUAUUAUUUAGGUCUUAAAGCAGCCAUUGAGAAAAAGCAUAAAAAUGGUGAGGAAGCUAAUGUACUUGAUAUAGGAACUGGAACUGGUUUAUUAGCAAUGAUGGCUGCAAAAUGUGGAGCAGAUAGUGUAACAGCUUGCGAGGCUUUUACACCAAUGGCUAAAUGCGCUAUAAAAAUAAUCCAAGAAAAUGGCUUUGAAAACAACAUUAAAUUAAUACACAAGCGCUCUACAAAAAUGAUUAUUGGAAAGGAUGGUGAUAUGAUAAAAAAAGCAAACAUUUUAGUCACUGAAGUAUUUGAUACUGAACUUAUUGGAGAAGGAGCACUUUCUACGUUUCGUCAUGCUCAUGAAAAUCUUCUUGAAGAAAACAGUAUUGUAAUUCCGCAUACCGCUACUAUUUGGGUACAAGUAGUAGAAAGUCCUACAAUAUGUACAUGGAAUACAGUACAUCCCAUUCAAAAUAGAAGUAAAUAUUUAUUAAAUACUCCACAUUCUGUAAAAUCAUGUUCUGGAGCUGCUGCAGUGCAUGAUAUACAAUUAACACAAUUUCCUCAUAAUGCAUUUAAACCUUUACUACCUCCUCAACCUAUCUUUAGGUUUGAUUUAUCUGGUAAAUCAACUCUAUUAUAUGAUGAAAAAAGGUGUUUACAUGUAAAACCAACUGCAAGUGGUACUGCACAUGCUAUUUUUAUGUGGUGGGAUUUAAUUAUGGAUGUAAAUAAUGAGGUCUUGUUAAGUUGUGCUCCAGUGUGGGAACAUUCAAAUACAAAAAUUUUACAAAAUAAAGGUCUCAGUUUGCAAGAAAUAGCAGAUGUAAUACCUUGGAGAGAUCAUUGGAUGCAAGCCAUUUACUAUUUACCUGCUGCAACCUCAGUUACUGCUAAUAGUGAAGUUAGUUUGAUUGGCUAUCACGAUGAAUAUUCAUUAUGGUUCCAAUUAAUAAAUGAAUCAAUAAAUGAAGCACCCGAUUGUGAAAGACCUGUUUGCAGCUGUAAUGUACACGUAGCUUAUUGUAGAACUCGUAUAGGACAAUUAAAUGACCAUACACGAAAUAAAAAAUAUAUUAAAGCUCUAGAAAAAAAAAUUACAUCUGACACAGUAUGUUUAUGUCUUUCAGACGGCUGUUUAUUGGGUCUUGCAGCUGUUCAAUUGGGUGCGAAAAAAAUCUUCAUCUUAGAGACAAACUUUUUAUCCAGAAAAUGUAUCGAAAUGUUUGUUAAAACAAACGAGCUUUCAGAAAAAGUAGAAAUUGUUGAAUCAGUAGACGAUUUGCCUCCUCAAAGUGCAAUUAAUUUCAUUUUUGGCGAACCAUAUUUUAUCACUUCAAUUGUACCAUGGGAAAAUCUUUACUUUUGGUAUUUAGCUUCAAAAUAUUCGCCUCAAAUACAAAGGAUUCCAAUUGCAGCAACAAUAAUGGGUGUUAUAGUUGAGUUUAAGGAUUUGUAUAAAAUACGAGCACCUCUUGGAGUUUGUGAGGGUUUCGAUUUAUCUAUUUUUGACAAACUUAUCCAAGUAUCGAGUGAUAAAAGUGAUAGUCCUAUAGAAGCUCAACCAUUAUGGGAAUAUCCUACUAAAGCAUUAAGUUUACCUUUUGUUAUUAAAAAAUUUGAUUUGACGCAAGAUGUGAAUGAACACAAAGAUGUAAAUAUUUCAGAAUGUGUACCUAUUUUAACAAGUGGAAUGUGUAAUGGUGUAGCUUUGUGGAUUGAUUGGCAAUUGAAUUCCGAAAUCACAGUAUCAUCAGGGCCGACUGUAAAAGUGCAGUCUGGAGAGCGAAUAUCAUGGGAUCCAUUUACAAGACAAGGUGUACAUUUAUUUAAAGAUAUAACACAUGUUACGCAACACAGUAUUAUUUCAUGGUCAUUUAAUUUUGCACCACAAUCUGGAAAUAUUAAAUAUGAUUUUCGUAUUUUGUCAAAAAUUACAAGAUGCAAUACCUUUGCCUGUGGCCAAGUUCCAUCUAAUAAAAUGAGAUUAUAUGGUUUUUGUCCGUUAAUACCAACAGGAUUUAAUUUAUCAAGUGCUACAGCACUUGGAGAUGGAUAUAAUAAUAUAGUAUCUUUAUCAUUUAAAAUUUCUGUUAAGCCUUCAUGUUUUGAAAAUUCUAAACCAAGUGCAAGCAUAGGUGCAGUUCGUAAACAACGUUUUACUUCAGCUGGAUGCUGUAAAAUUAUUAUUUUUGAUGCAGGACUUACAGGAUGUUUUGGUAAUCCGGGACACCAACAUACUGGCACUGGUCUUCUGUAUAUGCAUGACAUUAAUUUAUUUAAUAUAAUUUGAAAAGAAUAUAA